UUUGUGUGUUGCCGUCGCCAUGGCGACUGCCUGCUCGCCGCGGCCUCGACCCGCGGCGAAGUUCCGCUUUGUUGAAGCCUUUAAAAUGAACUCUAUUUCGUUAACGAACUUAGUGAGCGGCUCAUAACCUCACUCGCUGCGAUUCAUACCUCGCUUACUAAUUUCUAGUCCUGAUACCUUCCGAAGAAGAAUGGGCAGCGGUGAAGGUCGCGACCUUGGUGCGGAACUUGAGCGGCGGUUGCAGGUGAUGAAUCUUCUGGAUCAUCGUGAUAAGGAUAUAGCUCUAAUUACAAAAGGGCAACUUGAAGGCAAACAAUCGCAUUUGGAGAUGGAACAUGUGCAAGAAGAGGGAUUUUGGCAGUAUAUGAAUCUGCUUUAUUGGAAACCUACGCAGGAACUGUUCGAUGGAGACAGUGGAGUUCUCGACUUGAACUCAGUUAAGAAAAACAUUUCACAUGUUUUAAAUGCUGGAGGUUCAUUCACCAUUUUUGAAAAAUCUACAAAAUGUAAGGAGUCCGAAACAUGCAUUGAUCGAUAUCGGAGCCCAAGUGUGAGAAACGUAGCGAAUGACAGGGAAGAGGAAGCAAGUGUGUUGACUGCCAACAUUAUAGACAAGAUUGCCAAAGUGAAACUUAAAGAACCGGUGUUUAUCACUGAGGUACAGUUGGAACCCAAAGAGGCUGCCAUCACGGUGGAAGAUGGCACUUCAAAUGUUAAAGUCCAGCUCAAUUGUCUUAAAAAUCCUGUAAGGAAAUUGCCGCCAAUACCACGCCACAGAGAGAAUGUGGCAUCUACCACACCACUAACCCCGCCUAUACCCCAAUCUCUAAGUUCACCAAGGCCACAAGUCGCUCAUUCACUUCCUACAUUCAUAAAUCAGUUCAGCGACACUGAGUGGUUCCAAAGAUGUUUCAACUCCAUUGACCUGAUGAACUUGCCAACGGCACAAACUCCAGGUGGCUUUCUUGCACUGCUGUUGCAACUGCUCGUAACUGCAGACUAUAGCAGUAAGACGGAUCUGGUAAAUGCUAUCCAGAAACUAUAUUUCCAAGAAAAACAAGGCUCUCUGACUGAAAUAUGUAACAGAUUGUAUGCUGUUCUCAAUGCGGAAAUACCACCCAACUGCAAGGUGGAUGAGCAACGUGCAUUCAUCCAGACAACAUUACAAACACUACUCACUUUUGGGUUUCGGAGUAAAGAACUUUUGACUGAGUUUAUGGUGCAGUUUCUUCAAGCUGAUGAUAAUUUCAGGAAGGUGGUGUGGACUAUGCUGAAUCAAGCAGGGCUACGUGACCCACAUGCCUACUUUGCCAAGGAGAUGAUAUCCUGGAAUCUUUGGUCCAGAGAUGACUUUACCAAACAGGAUUUACAAAGGAUCUGCAUGGCAUGGGUAGACCGAUGUAUUAUGCAUUUUCAGGGAACAAGGCUGCCUAAUACACCGGUUGUUCUGGGAACAUCGCAAGAGUUCUAUGUUUCAAUGGAGACAGUAAACCUCUACUGCGCUGCCCAGCUGGAGAAAGAGCUGCUGUUUGCAUCAGAUGUGACCCCUUGCUUGGCUUAUGCACAGAUUAUGAAAAACACUGUUUUGGUUCUGCCAAAAAUUAAAAGUUCUCGGGCUCUGGUUCGGUUAGGGGAGACUCAAGUCAGGAGCAGACAAUGCCACUCUGAAGCACACCUCCCAUCCUUGGCCCACAAGAAGCAGCUGAAGGAUUGUCUUCCAUUUAUUGGCCUCCCAAUUUGUAGAUAUAACCUGCAACCAUUUUCUUCAACUGCCAGCAUCUCUGAACACCAACAGGUCACACUCAGAAAUUCUCGCAAAUAUUUCAUCAUCAACCACUCUUACGUGUAGCACAACAAAGGACACAUUCGAUAUAACACAUCUUACAAUACAUCGUGAAAUAUGUUACAAUACAUUUAAUAUGUAAAGUGUGUACACUUGCAUUGUUGCAAAUAAGGUCGGUUUCUGAUUUUAAUAUUCAGCAAAUAGUUAUGAGAUAACACAUACAUCUAAAUGCCUUCUGGCUAUAUUCACAUUUGACACAUUUUUGACAUAGCACUGGUAACUGCAUAUAUGCAGAUACGAGAUUUGAGGCUUUCGUGACUGCAGGAAUUACUCUGGUUCUUUCUGUAAAGUCACGUAGAAAGAAAGUAAAUAAAAUAAUAGAAUACGGCGUUUCGAUUGCAACAGAAGCAACCAUCUUCAGGUA